CAGAUGAUUAUGCAAGGUUGAUCUUUUGUUACACUUUUAAUGCAAGACUCGAUACUUCCGCGUUUAACCUAAAAUCAAAGUAAUAUAAAAGUGACAAGAAUUCCGGACUUGUGAGUAAGGAAAACUCGAUAAUCAAGCAGCGUGACUUUCUGGCAAAACCUAUGAGGCCAAUAUUAGAAAGUUUUAAUUUUCUAUCACUUGAAAAAGAUUUUGUGAUACUUCACAGUGACCUGUUCUCAUAAAUUGAUACGAUAUGAUUCUCGGAGUUAUAAGGAUAGCAAUCACCUUGAAUUUGGUUGCUUUGGCAACUUCAAUGGAAAUAGUUGAUAGAACUGUGGCAAACAACAUAGCCGAGUUCGCCGAAGAAAGUCUUACAGUCAGUGCCGAAGUAUAUUUAUCAAUUGUUAACAGUUCACGUGUGACAUUCCUGGACUCCGUUAGAAACUACGGCAGUCUUCAUGUCACAAAUCGUGACAAUCAGGACGUUUGGGUGAGAAUGACAGGACAAGACUUCGAGAAUUCUGGAACUGUUUCUUUUAACUGUUUGACGACUCGAGUAUUUUCUGAUUAUCACAUCAUGGUUACUAGAUCGUUUGUGAAUACUGGAAACAUGUACUUUGGUGUUUAUGGUGGAGACUAUGGAGCUUCCCCUUUUUCAGUGACUUCAGUGGCUACAUGGACGAACAGUGGUAUGAUGCUUUUUCUGGUAGCUCAUGGUGAGAAUGCCCAGUUAAAAAUCCAACGAUACGUUCCGGAUGAUGGAUAUCGUUCCAUAACAAACACUGGAUCUCUCUGCUUAAACAACACCCACUGGCCAGUACAGACAAACAUAGAGGGAAAUGGC